UCCACACAAACCAAUCCAUUAGAUAAGAGCAUUUCCCAUUUUCCCAUCCUAUCUUCUGAUCCCCAUUCCACUUUGUUCAAAUAUCCAAAGGGAUCCAAAAGCCAUGAAGGUGAAAAUAGUAAGCACGAGAAUUGUAAAACCUCUCUAUGAAGGAAACGCCGUCGUUCCUCCAUCAACAACCCAAACCCCCCUUAGUGUUUUUGACGAGGUUUCUUAUGAUGCUCAAAUGGCAGUUAUUUACGCCUACCGCCCGCCCACUCCUUCAAAUGGUGUCAUCGAGUUAGGGCUUAGGAAAGCUCUGUCGGUGUACAGGGAAUGGGCAGGCACGUUGGGCAAGGACGAGGAUACGGGUAAACCCGUCAUUUUACUCAAUGACCAAGGGGUUAAAUUUGUGGAAGCGGUAGGUGAAACCGCCCUAAGUAAUGUGAUGCCCUUGAAGCCAUCUCCGUCAUUGCUCGCCCUUCACCCUGGUUUGAAGGGUGCGACGGAGCUGGUCCAAGUCCAACUAACGCGCUUCACCUGUGGCUCUCUCGUGGUCGGGUUCACCUCUCAUCACCUCGUUGCAGAUGGCCACUCAACAAGCAAAUUCUUGGUUGCGUGGGGAAACGCGUGUCGUGGCCUAAAGGUCCAACCCUUACCCCUACGCGACAGGACGAUUUUCGUCCCGCGAAGCCCAUCAAGAAUCGAAUACGAGCACGUCGGGGCCGAAUACACCCCAAAAGAAGCAAAGAAAAAUGACCAUUUGGCCAAUGACGACGAUGACAUUGUGAUUCAUAAAGUCCACUUCACCUUAGAGUUCCUAGCCAAGCUCAAGGCCAAGGCCUCGAGCUCCAUGAGCGCGAGGCCCUAUAGCACUUUUGAAAGCCUCCUGGCCCACCUCUGGCGGGCCAUUACCAAGGCCAGAAACCUCGGAAGCUUCGAAAGCACCCACAUAAAAAUCUCUGUGGACGGGCGUGCACGCCUCAACCCCAAAGUACCCAAUGACUACUUUGGCAACCUAGUUUUAUGGGCAUUUCCUACCUCAAAGGUCAAAGACCUAUUGCGCGAGCCGCUACCUUACGCAGCAAAGCUCAUCCACGAUGCCGUUGGGAAGGUGAACAACAACUACUUCAAGUCAUUCAUAGAUUUCGCAAACUCUGGGGCGGUGGAGGAAGAAAGUCUAGUUCCCACGGCGGAUAUGGACAAGCACGUCCUACGUCCGAAUUUGGAGGUUGAUAGUUGGCUAAGGUUUCCAUUUUAUGACUUGGAUUUUGGGACCGGGUGUCCUUACAUUUUCAUGCCUUCGUAUUACCCAACUGAAGGAAUGAUGUUUUUGCUUCCCUCAUUCAUAGGAGAUGGAAGCAUAGAUGUUUUCAUUCCAUUGUUUCAAGACAACUUGGAAACCUUCAAGCAGAUUUGUCAUUCUCUUGACUUAUUUUGAGGAUGGGAUUUGCUAGGGGUAUCUCCAAGUUAGUGUACCCCGGGUGCACACCACCUUCUCAGACACACACAGGCACUCAAUGUUUGUGUUUCACCCAGACCGUGGGUAUCUUUAUAUAUGUGUGAGAAGUUAGUGUAUACUUGAAGUACAUCACCAUGGAGUACCUCUAGAUUUUUCGGUGGAGGAUUUAUUAUAUUUGAGCCAAAAGUUUUGUUUGGUGCGUGGGAAAGGUAUAUUGUAUUAUGAAUAAUGCUAGGGUGCCACU